AUUGGUUUAAAAUAAAAUCCCAUUAUCCUUUGUCGCAGAACUGUUCACUGUUACACUUUACAAAUAUGAAUGAAACUCGCGAGGAUAUUAGAUAACAAUACAAACUAGAAAGAAACUGUUUCUGCGACACCAACAAUAGGGAUUAACCUGUUCAAAUAUUUUAGCUGCUACUGUGAGGCUAGAACGGACAAACCUUUUAGCAGAUUAGAAUAUUGUUGAAAAACGGAGAGUAAAUUAGAUGGACCCAACCACACUCUAGCAACACCUUUUCCGAAUGCAGUAAAGACAUUUGAAACAUUUGGAACGUUGUAACCACAAAAGUAGCUUAGGAGUCGUCUUUUACGUUUAACAGUUUCGCACCUAUUUUCGAGAUGUCCAAAGCACGACCAAAGAUGAAUUUAACGACAGCGGCUACCGGGACGCUUGGUCGAUCGAUGAGGAAACCCGUUGGUGCUGAACCAACCGUGAUAGCCCAAUCAGAGUCGGAGGUAACAAUGGAGGUCCAAUCAACCGCGGACCGUAGUGAUGCAUAUAUCCACACGGGGGGCAAACGAAUAAUGAACAUGGAGAACACUUAUCGCAUGUCACCCGUGUCUCAGCAGAAGUUCAACUCUUGUGAGGUAGAAAGAGUCGCUGAAGAUGUGUUGGAGAACCGUCUUCGCGAUGUUCAAUACGAUCCAACUCUUUGCAAGCAGCUUAGUCAGGAAUUGGCAGGACAUAUCAUGGAGAGAGUGAAGUCAUGUGCCUUUAAAAGGUACAAACUUGUGGCGGUGGUUAGUAUCGGGAGUCUAGCAGAGAGGCCAGGGAUGCAGUUCGGGAGCAGAUGUUUAUGGAACGAUUCCACUGACACUUUCUGCAGUGUAAAAUAUUCGAAUGGUUCCCUCUUUGCUGUUGCUAUGGUCUAUGGCCUGUACUUUGAAUAGGGGCCUACCAGUCACAACUUUUAUUGGAAGAUUAUACCUCACUAAAUGGGAUCAAGAUCACCCUAUUGUAUGUUUCAGGGAACAAUACUACUGAUUUGUAAAAGCUCAAUGCUAACAACAAUGAUAUUUUCAAAUCGACUUAAAUAGGAUUAUUAUUUAAAGGUUAUUGGAUUAUUACCAAGAACUCAGUUUGUGAAACCACAACAGAAAAGGUUGAAAAUGUCAAAGAUAAAGAAAGCCUUUUUAUCAAACAUGUUUCCCAGUAGGCCUUAUUUAUAACUUAGUACUAAUAACUACUUCUUUUCUUAUACCUCAAAAGGGCCAGUCAGAGUUGGACAGGUUAUUGCGUCCUCGGUCAGUAAGAUCAAUGCAACCACUUGUGAAACGGGGUUGCUUGCAACAAACCCAAUAUG